AUGGAGGAGGAACGGUGCGACUUUGGCGUCAUCCGUGCGACUGUCACGGAGACUCUGGCAGCGGCUGCAGCGCAGGCUGCUAGCCAGCACCCAACAGAUCGUGCUGACCCUGUUGUUAGUCCGGGUUCAGAGAAACCUCAAGAUCAACAGGAACAGCAAUAUGAUAAAUCGCCUCACGAAAAGAUGCAUCAAGGAAACGGUGUGGACACUGGGGAAGAUGUUUACCCUCCCGCAGCGUUGCACCCACAGCAGGCAUUGCUUUCCGUAGCUGAAGACCCAGGAACCAGUGAAGAUAACGGAGCUCCGGGCGUAAGUGUAGCGGGAGGCCUUACGUCAGGGAGUGAGGCGACAGUAGUCAUGUCCGGAGAGGCGCCGGCAAUGGAGGUUGAAGGGGAGGCUGGAAAUGAUGCCAACCCUCUCGAACCUUCCGAAGUGGGAUCCGCUCAAAAUGGUGUUGUGGAAACGAUGACCGAGACGGCAGCUGCAGAGUCAGACGGCCUUCCAGUGGAACCAGGCGAGCCCGUUGCGGUGGUGGACGAGGUCGGAGAAGCAGCGGAGGCGGAGAGCGACGGCAAGGAAAGCAAUGACAGCGUCUGCAAUGAGUGUGGAGGUGGAGGCGAAGUUGUGUGUUGCGAUGGUUGUGUUAAGUCUUACCACGCUGACUGCUUGCCUGCAGUGGCCAGGCCUCGCCUGCGGGCCAAUGCUGACGAUUGGUUUUGCCCAGAUUGUGCUGCGGCGGCUGCAGUGCCGCCGCCGACGGCGGCGGCUGCCCCGUCUACUGUUACCGUUAAGCUGCCGCAGGCUUCAUCCGACAUUCGCAGCUCGAAACAGACCAUCUCCUCAGCCCCUCCUCCAGCGUGUCCUCCUCCCACUCCGGCCACGCCUUGGGCCUCGGUUCCGUCUUGCGUCCCUUCCAGGCGAAGAAAAACUAAAGCCACAGAGGACUAUGAGACCCGUAUAAACGUGGGGCCCAAUCAUCAGGUACCCCAUCUUCCCGAUUUUUUCUUGGCGCGUGGGGACAGUGACUGUCUUUCAACUCUUGCCGAGCAGUCGCUAGCCGACGGCGCGCAGAGCCAGGCAUUGGGACCCUUGCUUGUCUAUUCCCCUUACCUUAUGGAGCGUUCAAAGCAACAAUGCUUGGCCGAAAGAGCCAGGAAGUCUUGUAUUACUUCACAGAAGGACCUGGCUGAGUUUCUUAUCAAGUGUUCAAAGAGGUGGAAGGUUCGCCCGGGAUGGCAACCUUUCUCUCCCGAGUUCGCUUACAAGCUGCUACACCGUGCUAACUACGACCCAGAAAGGGCUUUGCGGAUGAUGGAUGAUUCCGCAUUUUGCUUCCAAAGCGUGUGCGACCCACCGUUACGGAAAUACGAGAACAAGUGGAAGCGCAGAGACAAGCGUGGGACGUUUCCAAGCUCGCCGUACCCUCCGCCAGUAGUGGUGCGUGGCUAUCUCAACGAGAAGCAGAAGCAGUUGCGCAUGGGCCGGUGA